AGCCAGAAGAGCAAGAAGAGCAAGAAGGUCGCUUCGAAGCGAUAUUGGGAUGCCGACGCAGAAGACCUCGACUCGCCCACGUCUCUGGACGUGCUCUUCCAGUGGCUCAGCAUUCCUGGCAACUACCACCGCUGGCAAACGGCGGGGAAGCAGUCUGUGUGCAAUGAGAUUGUGGCGCAUCUGAAAGGGCAAGGCAUCAUGCACCGCGGGGCGAAGAACGUCUGGAUGAAGAUGGACAAGCUCGAGAACACUUUCGAGACGGCUACGAAUUGGCUCCUGGCGAAUGGCCACUACGCAGACUUCCAGCGUGGCAGCGUUGCGGGCGAUGUCCGACGCCAACUCGAAAAGCUCUGCCGGUACUACGACGAGCUUGCCCCUGUGUUCCAACGUGGCGUUCCCGCAUCCACGGCGCCUAGCGAGGGCUCCAGUGACACUACUCUCUCUGACGCCGGGCACGACCCUGGAAUGGACAGUGCUCGAAUGGUGCAGUCUCAAUCGCCACAUAUUCGUUAUAGCCGACGCCUGCAAGAGUUUGAGCUGGAAUGCAAGAAGGCGCAACUGCAAGCUGACGUCGCUUGCAACACGGCCCUCAACCGCAAGAAGAUGCUGGACGCUGGCAUCGAUAUCAAGGAAGUGGACAGGGUUCUGCCC